AAAUUUGGAAACAGCUGAUUUUUCAAACAGCUGCACGGUCACUCUGCGCCCAAAGCGAACGAGACUGAAAAACAUUUACGAAGUUUUGCUAAAUAAAUUGGGCAUUCUCAAACAAUGUCUGCGCUUUUUCGCCUAACAAGCCGCGCCGUGGCAUUGCAACGCUCGGUAGCAUUUAAUGCAUGCCGCAGCAUCAAGACAUCUCCCAAAAAGGACGAGACCGUCGCAGCACCUACCAGCGUUACAACCGAAGAUUUUGCCAAUCCUAGCCCCAAGAACUGGAUGAGCUAUGGCUUCGAUUACAAGUCAGAAGCGGAAGAUCGCAAAGCAACCAAAUCAACAUUCUUCGUUGCCGUCACCUUGUGUCUAGUGUGGGGCACAUUCUACUGGUCAUAUUUGCCGGACACGCAGCUUCGCAACUGGGCACAGCGCGAAGGUUUCCUCGAGCUGCGACGCCGCGAGCAAGCAGGCUUGGAUCUGGUCAGUCCCGACUAUGUGGACAAGGCAAGCAUAGUGCUGCCAUCGGACGAGGAUUUGGGUCAAACGGAAAUUAUUAUUUAAAGAAGAAAUCCCUUUUUAGUUUUUGUUUUAUAAGCGAAUGUUAUGUAAUGGAAAGAACUCUGGUGGACAUAGCUGCGAGUGUCGCGCACGCUGCACGCCAAUAAAAUUGCAUAUAUCAAAAAUCAUCGUGCUGCAGUGUGAAGUUGAUUAAUAAAAUGCGCCCAAGAAAUCUAUACACAA